UUGAAUUGAAAUUAAGAAAAGAACAAGAAAGAGAGUUUACAAAAACGAGUGAGACAGAAAGAAAGCAAAUAGAAGUGAAGUUUGACAUCACGAUAAGAUAACCUCAAUAUUCUAUAAUUAUAAGUGAAUUUUUUAGACUGAUAUUGUUAUAAUUGGUAAAGAUAAUAAUAGAUUGAUUUGAAUUAUUGUAUAAGCAGUAUUAAAAUUUGAAUUAAAUGCCAGAAUCAAAUGUCAAAAACGCUGAACAUAUAAAUAUCGACCGAAAACAUAACGUCAGUCUUUGACAUAGAAAUGAUAACUUGAACGUAUGUAUGUAUAUUUUUGAAUAAAAAAGGAAAAUAUUGAACGUAAACAAUGGAGAAAGAUAAAGAAAAAGAUGAAUAUUUAACGAGUUUAAUUGGUUCAGUAAAAAAAGACGACACAGUAUUAAUUUUGGAAAAUAAAACAGCAACUGAUGCGAAAAAUUCGCAGGCUAAAAUUGUCCGAGGAACGAAAAAAAUGAGAGUUGAUUCAACUGAUUCUAAUCAAAUCACUGAUAAAAAAGAUAAUAAAGAUGAUGAAGGCGAAGCAAAAAUAGUCAGAUCGUUAAAACGUUCAUGCGAACUGUGGUCGCUAGAAGAUAAAAAUACAUUUUUUAAGGCAGUAAACGAGUACGGGAAAGAUUUCGACGGAUUGCAAGGAUACUUUUUAAACCAAGGAAAGAAAAAAGGUUUACCAGAAAAUAUGAUAAAGAACAAGGAGCAAAUUCGUCAUUUUUACUACCGCACUUGGUUAAAAAUAUCAAAACACCUGAAAUUUUCUGAAGACGUUAAAAAAACGUCGCAAGAAAUUUACGGAUUAAUUAACUACGGCGAAUUACGUCGUAAAUUACCACGCAUACAUGAAAAAUUUUUGCUAAAAUUAAACGAAUUAAUUUACUGGGGAUCAACCCAAGUUCGUUUACGAGGGAAAACGAUGCGAAUUAAAACGCCGAUAUGUCGGGCUUUGAGGAAAUUGAAUCAACUUGAAGAUUGGCAAGAAGAAAUAAAAUUACCGCCGCGUGUUACCGUUGAAUUACGACCGGGAAAUAAUUUAACCUGGUGGAAAGUACAAGCGAAUGCUAUGAAUCCCCGAGUUCGAACACUGGUGCCAAUCCAACGGCGCUUGUCCAGUUUAUUGGCCUUUUUACAGCAGCGCUGGAAGCCGGUAAAAUUCAAACCAUCUCUGAAUAUCGACAGCGAAUUGUUUUAUGACAAAAAAUUUAAUGACAAUGAACUGCUGCGAGUUGCGCCAGUCGAAGGCGCUAAAAUAUCUCUACCAAUGGUCAAUCUCGGCGAAUAUUUAACCAGCAAUAGCGUGUCGUUUAAUUCAUACGAGCAGCGUUUGAGCUUAAAAAGUUCGCGGGAUGAAUUACUGGGUUAUGUCCAACAAUUUAAGAGCGUCGGCAAAAAAACUAUCAAGAAAAAAAUCGACAAAAAAUUGCCGAGUUUAAGAGUCGCUGGCAGUGGAGGAGUCGCUGGUGCGGAUGAUAACGAUAAAUUAAAUGAUAAUAAUAGUGAUUUAGAUAAUUUAGAUACGCAUCUAAAUUGCAUAGAUAAAUCUCUUUUUGCUAGUCAUAGUGAUAAAAAUGUGGGAGAUUCAAAUAGUAAUAAUAAUGUUAAUGUCAAUAGUAAUUUCAGUAUUGAACCAAAUCGAUUUCCUGGACGUGAAACAAUUGAUAGAAUUAGGGAAGGCUGGAAUAUUGAUGAAUCUAAUACUAUAACUAUUGGUGAUUUAUUUUUAAUGUUUGGACGAGAAUCAAAAAUAAUAUUAGAAUACUGGUGGGAUGUUCCGAAAAAAAAUGACAGAGUUCCAAAUGACAAUCCCUCGUUAAACAAAGAUUUGAAAAAACAAGAUGAAAGUCUUUGUCUUGCUCUACAAAAACUUUUAUCUAUCGCUAAACACAACUAUGGUACAAGUAAAGCCUUUGACAAUACGUCAAGUAGCAGUGAAACUGUCGUGUCAUCACGAAUGCCUUCGACUAAAGAUUCGACAUUCAGGAGACCGUUAAUUCCACAAGUUUAUCACAAAACUGGCAGCCAAGAGGCAUUUAAAACUCAGUUAGACAAAUUCACCACAAGAUUUUGUAAACGUGGUCGUACCGUAAGGCAACGGAACUUAAUUGUACAGAGAGCAGUCCCAUUAAUUGGUAAUUUAAACUGUGAGAAGAAUGAAAUUAAAGAACCAAGUCAAUUAAAUUUGAAUCCCACAAGAGAAAUAAUUAGUGAUUAUAAUAAUGAUAAUAAACUUGAAGACAUCGGAAUUGAGUUACUGGGUAGUAAUGAAAAUAUUGAAUCAGAAAACAAUUUAUUAUCAACGUUAGCUGCUGCCAGUGCAGAUCAUUCUAAUAAUGGACUAUUAGUACAACCUUCUAACUCUAUAAUCACGUCGGCAACUCAAAUUUUGAAAGAAGGAGAAGGUCAAUGGCUUAACAGUGAGGUUGCCGAUUAUUCUCUGAGUAGUUUUCUUGGUCAGUUUGAAUCACCAUUGAAAGGAUCACAAAGAAGUCAAACAGGAAGUCAAUUAGGGUCUAUACGACCAUCGUCUGAUGUUCUCAGUCAAAUGCAAUGUCUAAUGGUCGAAAACAGUGUGGAUUACAUGGCGAAAUUUGCAAACUUGGCAUCACAAAUUGCGUCUAAUGAUCAAAAUUCAAAUAAGUAGAGAAAAAGAAUAAUUUUUAUAUGAUUGACAAAAUUGUUUAUUUAUAAAUUGCGUGAAAAAAUAAGUAUUUAAUACAAGAAAUUAAUUUUUAUAAAUAUUUUUGUACUUCAAAUAUUAAUAGAUAUGACAUAAAAGUAAAUAAAUUUUGUUCCCUUCGUUAUGAUUUUGCGCCUUUACCUUCCUCCCUCAGUGUCAGAGUUCUUCAGCGAAAGUUUCCUUCAAUUUGACGACAAAUUAGUGCUGUAUAUUUAUUUUAUAAUGAAUCAUUUAAAUUUUUUAAAAUCGAGACUGCGAUUCUUGAUUUAAUAUGCAACUUUUUAAAGCCUUUUAGGGAAACGCAACUUCCUGAAUAAUUCGCGGUUUAGUGGUAGAUAAAAUUCUUAUCCAUGAGAGGAAAUUUCAUUUUUUAUAAAUGGUUUUGCUUUACUCAGAUCGAUGCUAAUUUUUAUGAGAUAUUUGUUUUCAUGGGAGAAAAAAGUGUCUUCUAUGAAUAGUGAACGAAUAAUACUAGAGGCAUGAAUAAGAAAACCAGCCACUAGUGAAAGAACUCACUUUGAUGUAAAAUAUUUUUUUACUCAGUAUAACAAAAUUUCAAUAAAUAAAUAAAUGAAUCUUGUUUCCAAUGAACUGGAAAUUUUUUAAUAAUAUUAAUUAACACCGAACAAAGCAGAUAGAUCUGUUAUUAAUUUAAUUAACACGAUAAUAUUAUAAGUGCAAGCGCACUUGUAAAAAUACUUUUUUGUACACAAGUAUUUUUACAGUAAUACCUGUUAUAUUUUUUUAAAUUCCAAUUUUAUUACAGAUAAAUUUUUAAUUAAUUCAAAUUUUUUAAAAACACAAAAAAUAAAUCAAAGUACACAAAGAAAAAAAAUUAUUUUUAAGAAAAAUCUUUUUAACGCAACUUCACCCAAAAUUAUCAUGCAAACAGAUUAUCAGCGUUAGCAUCUUUAAUAACUAAUUCAAAAAAUCUGAUAUCAUGUUAUUAGUAUUAAUAUUUUAAUGAAAAACGUAAAUUUUAACGCUGAACACGUAGAAAAGAUGUGGUAUUUUCUAUUUUAUUAAAUGUCCCUGUGAAUUCCGAGAGUUUAAUUUAUAAAAUUCUCGCAUCGUAUAUCCAAUCUUUUUUCACACACAAAUUUAUUAAUAAACUCAUUUGUAAGAUAAAAAACGCAUGCUG